UCCAGGGUUUUGUUCCCCUCUCCGGGUAACUUUUGUUGAGAGAGAGAGUGUUUGUGUGUGCUGUUUUGUUUUGCUCCCCUCCUUCACUGGAUUCGUACUACCGUCUUUGGUUUGUCCAUACGGCUGUAGUCUACUGUCCUGAACAUUUCAGUAUCUCCACUGAGCAGGCAUUUUUCUCCCUCUCUGAGAGGACUUAAAGUGUGUGAGAGAGCGAGAGAGGGAGAGCGCAAGCGACAGUGUGGGGAAAGGAUGGCUGCCUGCCUCUGAGCUGCCUCUGCGCUUACGGAAAUAAGGAACUACAGACAAAAGGGGGAAAAAAUUACUUUUCAGCAAGAAGGAAAUUGUUUAGCUUUUUUGGAGGAGGUUAAACAAAGGGAUUUGAACAAUGCCUGCUGAAGUGAAACAGGAGCAGAGCCCCAGUAACCAGACGUCUCUGGCCAUGAUGCAGGAGCCCCAGGAGAUGGUGGAGGAGACGGUCACCAUCGAGGAGGACCCUGGCACGCCCACCUCCCACGUGUCCGUUGUCACCUCCGACGACGGCACCACGCGACGCACAGAAACCAAGGUGACUAAGAUGGUGAAGACGGUGACCACGCGGACGGUUCGCCAGGUGCCCCUGGGCCCCGACGGCCUGCCCCUGCCUGAGGGCUCGUCCCCGCUGGGCAGCUACACAGACUCCAUCGACCGGCGCUACCUGAAGAAUGGCGAGCGCUACAUCACCACGCCACAGGCCACCUCCACGCUCACACGCUCCUACAACAACUACAACGACUCCUACAGCGACGCACUCCCCCCCGACGCUGGUGGGAGUCAGUACGGUGGGCGCCACUACGGCCUCCACGACGGCUACGGCAUUGGAGACGCGACGGACAACUACGGCAGCCUGUCCCGCGGAGUCAACUUCCGGCCACCCCGCUACCCCUACGCUAUGGCUAACAGCUAUCGGCCAGAGAACAGCUACGGGACCCUACCCAUCCGGAAGGAUGACUACGGCCACGUGGCCCAGCCCCAGGUCCCCAUGGGCAACAGCAGUGUGGACCUGAACCGGUCGCAGCCAGAACGCUUCCAGCCAGAGCCAUACGGACUGGAGGACGACCGCCGCAGCCUGGGCCCCGAGGAGGAGGAGCCCUAUGACCUGGAGCCUGACUACUCCACUGCUAGCCGGUGCCAAGGCACGCUGCCAGGCACCAACCGCGGCAGAACCAUGAGAGAGCCACUCCGCGACGGGCCACGCAUCAGGGGUUACGAGGAUCCCAUCGAGGCGGAGAUGAUUGACGAGCGACACCCCUACAUCCAUGGCAUGUACCCGGCCCCCUUGGCCCAGCCCGAGAGGGGGAGCAUGGCCAGCCUGGACCGCCUGGCUGGCCGCCGCUCGCCCUCCAUCGACAGCAUCCGCAAGGACCCGCGCUGGCGUGACCCCGAUCUGCAAGAGGUCAUAGCCAUGCUGGGCCACCCAAUCGACCCGGUCAAGUCUAACGCUGCCGCAUACCUGCAGCACCUGUGCUACGAAAACGACAAGAUCAAGAAAGAUGUGCGUCAGCUGAAGGGGAUCCCGGUGCUGGCAAGCCUGCUGGACCAUCCCAAGGCUGAGGUCCACCGCAAGGCCUGCGGAGCCCUGAGGAACAUCUCCUACGGCAAGGACCACGACAACAAGGUGGCCAUCAAGAACUGUGACGGUAUCCCUGCCCUUGUCCGCCUGCUGAGGAAGACCAACGACAUGGAGGUCCGCGAGCUCAUCACAGGGACCCUGUGGAACCUGUCUUCCUAUGAGCCUCUGAAGAUGGUGAUUAUAAACCACGGACUGCAGACUUUGACCAACGAGGUCAUCAUCCCCCACUCAGGCUGGGAGCAUGAGCCCAACGAGGACUCCAAACCUCGUGAUGCAGAGUGGACCACCGUCUUCAAGAACACAUCAGGAUGUCUGAGGAAUGUGAGUUCGGACGGGGCUGAGGCAAGGCGCAGACUAAGGGAGUGUGAGGGGCUUGUGGAUGCUCUGCUGCACGCCCUGCAGUCAGCUGUGGGCAAGAAAGACAUGGACAACAAGUCUGUGGAGAACUGUGUGUGUAUCAUGAGGAACCUGUCUUACCAUGUUCACAAAGAGAUCCCAGGGGCAGAGAAGUUCACAGACCCGUACGUUCUGCAGGCCCCGGGCUCUGCGGGCCCUCAGAGGAAGAAGAAGGAUGACGCAGGCUGCUUUGGAGGGAAGAAGGCCAAAGCCAGAAAAAACGGCGAGAAUGACAAAAACUACGAUACGCUGGAUCUACCCAAGCGCACAGAACCCACAAAAGGUUUUGAGCUGCUGUACCAACCGGAAGUGGUGAGGCUGUACCUGUCUCUGCUAACUGAGAGCCAGAACUACAACACUCUGGAGGCUGCCGCAGGGGCCCUGCAGAACCUCAGCGCCGGACAGUGGACCUGGUCCAACUACAUCCGUGCCACAGUGAGGAAGGAGAAGGGUCUUCCCAUCCUGGUGGAGCUGCUGCGUUCUGACUCUGACAAGGUGGUCCGAGCCGUGGCCAUCGCCCUGCGUAACCUCUCCAUCGACCGCCGCAACAAAGACCUGAUCGGGAGCUAUGCCAUGAGGGACCUGGUGAGUAACCUGCCCAGCGGUCAGCAGCGGCCAGCCAAGAACCUGGAGGAAGACACGGUGGUGGCCAUUCUCAACACCAUCCACGAGAUUGUGACGGACAGCUCCGAGAACGCACGCUCCCUCAUCCAGGCCCAGGCCAUCGAGAAACUGGUGGCCAUCAACAAGACAAGCCAAUCACCACGUGAGGACAAGGCCGCCUCCCACGUGCUGCAGACGGUGUGGAGCUACAAGGACCUGAGGAACGCCCUGACCAAGGAAGGAUGGAACAAGAGCCACUUCCAGCCUACAGCGACCGGCGCCCCUAAAGCAGCCAAGAAUGGCAAGCCAGGCUAUGACGACACCACUCUGCCCCUGAUGGAGAAGAACCAAGGCACCAAGAAAAAUGGAAGUGGUGAUAUGAUACCUAUGGACGAGCUUGGUCCAGAUGGCUACUCCACCAUCGACCAGAGAGACAAAGACUGCAAGUACAAGAGUAGUGGAGACGGGUCAGUGGACCUGUCAGAACGGGAGCCAUUAAAGAAUGACACAAAUAGGAAACACUAUGUCAGGAGUAACAGGCCUGCAGUCAAACUGGUGGAUGCUUGUGACGUUAAACCUCAGCCUGUUGACUCCUGGGUCUAAAUGCAUGCAUGGUAGGUCUUACAAAUGUUAGUUUUCCACUUUCUGAAUUGUUAGUCUCCUUUCUUUGUUAGCUCCACCACCAUCACCACCACCACCACACUGUUUCUGUUUUAACCCUCACACACGCCACUUCUGUUUGUUUUUUUAUUUGUGCUUGGACCUGCUUGACCCAGAGUAUUUGGCUUAUGACACCAAACUUGAGAAAAGCUGGAUGAAAUUUCAUAAUUUUCACAGUUGUGGAGUACCUGCCUGAUUAAAAUCCAUCUGUUGCAAAACAGACAGACUCCCUUGACUAUUCCAGAUGAAAUUAUGUUUGUUCUAAAUUAUGAAAGGGAUUAAAUCUAGACUUUAGAUGGAACACA